UCAAGCGGAGGUGCAGCUGGGUCCGCUGCGGCCGGGAUUACGCACCCUACCCGACCGGCCGCAGGCAUGGGCACCCAGAACAGAGCACAGCCUUCCGCUGGGAUGAGCCACCCAAAUCGACCUGUUCAGGCCACGGGGUGCAUGACCAACCCCGGCCAUCAUCCUUCAGCCAGCAGGCCACCCCCAGCCCGAGUGGGCUACUACGAAAUUGAGCGGACCAUCGGCAAGGGGAAUUUUGCCGUUGUUAAACUAGCCACACACAUCAUCACCAAAGCCAAGGUGGCCAUAAAGAUAGUGGAUAAAACUCAGUUGGAUGAUGAGAAUUUAAAGAAGAUCUUCAGAGAGGUUCAGAUUAUGAAAAUGUUGAGACACCCUCAUAUCAUUCGCCUUUACCAGGUGAUGGAAACAGAGAGAAUGAUAUAUCUAGUGACAGAAUAUGCUAGUGGAGGAGAGAUUUUCGAUCAUUUGGUGGCUCACGGGCGCAUGGCGGAGAAGGAGGCGCGGCGGAAGUUUAAACAGAUUGUGGCGGCGGUUUAUUUCUGUCACUGCCGAAACAUAGUCCACAGAGACCUUAAGGCCGAGAACCUCCUAUUGGACCACAACCUAAACAUUAAAAUCGCAGACUUUGGGUUCAGUAACAUGUUUUCCAGGGGCCAGCUGUUGAAGACGUGGUGUGGUAGUCCUCCCUACGCUGCCCCUGAGCUCUUUGAGGGGAAAGAGUAUGACGGACCCAAGGUCGACAUAUGGAGUUUAGGCGUGGUGUUGUAUGUUCUCGUGUGCGGUGCUCUUCCGUUUGACGGCAGUACUCUACAGAACCUGAGAGCUCGUGUUCUGAGCGGAAAAUUCCGGAUUCCCUUCUUCAUGUCCACAGACUGUGAGUACCUGAUCAGACACAUGUUGGUGCUGGAGCCCAGCAGAAGGCUGUCUAUGGAACAGAUCUGUAAGAACAAAUGGAUGAGGCAGGGUGACCCUGACCCCGAAUUUGACAGGUUGAUAGCAGAGUGUGAACAGGUGAAGUCAGAGAGGGAGACUGAGCUCAUUAAUGAAGAGGUUCUGAUGGCCAUGUCAGACAUGGGGCUGGACCGAGAACGCACUCUACAGUCUUUGCACACAGAUGCAUACGAUCACUACAGCGCUAUCUACAGCCUGCUCUCUGAUAGGCUCAAGAAACACAAGACCCUACGCGUGGCUCUGCCCACACCUCGCGCCAUCAGCUACCCACUCAACGCCGUGCAGACGGAUCAGGGUAAUGCUGUCAGUAUGACUGUUCCUCAUGUUCAGCUCAUAAACCCAGAGAACCAGAUAGUGGAGCCGGACGGUUCGAUGGCGUUGGACAGUGAUGAGGGGGAGGAGCCGUCUCCAGAGGCCAUGGCAAGAUAUCUCUCGAUGAGACGCCACACCGUGGGUGUGCCAGACCCCAGAGGAGAGAUGCAGGAGGAGCUGCAGAGGUUGGCUCCUGGUUUCCAGCGGGCACCGCCUCAGCCCCCCUUCCCCACACUGGCCCCCACCAUGGCUCACAUGCACACGCUCAUGCCCACCCAGAGCCUGGAGCCCACGCAGCAGUUAGAGUACAAGGAGCAGUCUCUGUUACAGCCUCCUACUCUGCAGCUGUUGAAUGGGAUGGGGCCUCUGGGCCGCAGGGCGUCAGAUGGAGGCGCCAACAUCCAGCUCCACGCUCAGCAGCUCCUAAAGAGACCACGCGGCCAGUCUCCACUGGUCACCAUCCCUCACCCCACUGCCGUGGCUCCGGUGGAUGAGGAGGGUUCUGAUGGUGAGCCUGACCAGGAGGCAGUGCAGAGGUAUUUGGCGAACAGCUCCAAACGGCACACCACGCACGGGCCCAUGUGCUCGGGCCCCACAGCUGAGCAGCUAGGCCUCGACCCCCAGAGGCCCACGGCCGCGCGUCAGAGGGGCUGGGCCCCGGAGCAGCACUGUCGGUCGUCCUAUAAGGACUGUAACACCCUGCACUUGCCCAUGGAACGUUUCUCACCUGUGCGGCGAUUCUCAGACGGCGCGACGACUAUCCAGGCUUUCAAAGCCCACCUGGAGAAUAACAGUCUCAUCAAACAGCUGAAACAGGAGUGUGAACAGCUACAGAAAAUGUACUCUGGGCCGCAGGAUGAGAAACUACUCGAACACACACAACAGCAGCACGUCCUUUACCAGCAAGAGCAACAAAUCUUACACCAGCAGAUACAGGCACUGUCUUUGGGACAUGGAGAAAGCCAGCCCAGCCAUCUAACCCACCAGCUUCAGAGGUUGCGUAUCCAGCCCUCCAGUCCACCGCCUACACAUCCCAACAACCACCUCUUCAGGCAGCCAAAUCAGAGUCCUCCGCCAGGGAGUGCAGGGCUGCUGCAGGGUCAUGGUGCACCAACUGCGGUUCAGUACCAGCAUAACCCCGCCCUCUACCAGCCCUCCAGUGGGAGCCCGCCCCCUACCAGCCUUCCCCGCAUGGGUCUACCCAAUCAGCCGCAGCAGCAGCCUCCCGGCUCCUCCCGUGCAGCAAUGGGAUUGGCCCAAGGCCUUCCGCAGCAGCAGCAGGUGACCAUUCAGGUGCAGGAAGUGGAGCUUGGGGGCGGGGCCCAGCGGCAGGGCUUCCUGUCGACGCCGUGUGGUCACAGAGUUCUGGGGAAACAGCUGAGCGCUGACAACGCAGAGACACACAGUCGCAGUCUGGGUCGGUUCCAGGCCUCUCCAGUAUACGACCAGUCCCAGUUUAACCCUCACCUCUUCGGGGACGGCGCGCGGGGGCCGCCCAGCGUGGUGGGCAGCUACAAUCCCUACCUCCAGGGGGCGUCGCUCAAAGUCCCCGGGCUGGAGGCUUAUCAGGGGGCCACGGGGGCCGGGGGCGGAGCCACGGUGGGCGGGUACGGCAGCCCCUCCGCCCUUCAGCAGGCCCUGCUCUCCCCCACCCCGGUGGAGUACCGCUCUGCCCACCAGCACGUCACCCCCACCUUACAGGGUCUCCUCUCCCCCCGCCACUCCCUAACGGGGCACGCCGACCCCAGACUGUCCCCCCAGGACCUGGCUGCCCUGCUUAAGAGACAGAGUCCCCGACCCGCGCCCCCCUCCACCCCAGGAACCCCCCAGGACUAUGGAGAGCUGCUGCUCCUGAGGCAGCUCAGCCAGGGCGAGUCUUUGGAGCCUUCCGCACCCCCGACGGGGGGGUCUCCCGGACCCCAGCAUUACCACCACCUGCUGCAAAUCCGCACGGCGGCGGAGUGCCAGGCCGUGGCCCCCCCGGGCGCCCCCCUCUCUCACUCAGACAGCAUGGAGCAGGAUGAGUUGCCUCCAGCCUAUCACGAGGGCCUGCUGGUCAAGGCGGAGGCUCACGAUUUGCUGGCUCCGCCCCGGGGCGGGACGCCCCCCUAUUCCUCGCCCAAUCACAGACACGCCUACAUGCGAAGCGCCACGACGGCCAGAGAUUCGGGUGUGGAGCAUGGGGAUUGUAGGACGGGUGGGCAGGUUCUGGAGGAUCCAGAUCAUAACGGUGUCAGUUACGGAGUGAGGGGGGGUCAGGGGGAGGGUUACCGACCCCGCGGCCCCCUCCAACGUCACCACACCAUUCAGACCGCAGACGACGCCUACGACCAGGCUGAGAUGUCUGGAAUGAGCUUAUUGGCAGGGAAAGCGUUAAGCUCCGCCCGCAUGUCAGACAUCCUCAGCCAAUCAUCUCUGACAGGAAGCCAGCAGCUGCAUCAGAGGGAGGAGUCGGUGUGUGAUGUAGAAGGGGAGCUCCACUCUGCGGCGUGCUACCCCUCCUCUUGCACCAGCGACAUGCUCCUCAGCUACAAACCCCCUGACCUUCAGUACAGCAUGGAGCAGGCUGGAGUCUAACACAGGGAGUUGUGCAGUGUGUAAAGGUCUAUAUCAGCCACCUGUGUUCAGCUGAAUCAUGCCAAACCGCCAUAGUCUGUCUGCAGGGGGCGCCAUUCCUUCUCUGGGGGCGGGACUUCUGCAGCUGAGGGCGAGGGGAUUGGGUGAGGGAGGACAAAGGAGGGGACAAGCGCCCACAUUCGACUUCUGCACAUCCAGCGAGCAAACUUUGCCAUUGGCUGUAAACUUGUUUUGGAUUUGUUUUGUUGUUCCGUUUUUUUUGUUUUCUUUUUAGGUUUUUUUUUGUUUUGUUUUUUUCCGCUCUUCCAUCUGAUUGGAUAAUACUUUUUGGGUGCUCCCCUUCCAUAUUAGGUCACUCCCAUCUUUGGCCCCUCUGCCUCGCCCUUCCUGCCAAACUAAAACCCCCUUCCUCCCUCUCUCUUAAUGUUGCCAUAGCAACAAGCUUGCGCCGCCUCAUCAUUAAAGGCAUACACAGUCUUAUACACACACACACACACACACACACAUACAUACAUACAUAUUUCAUCAUACACAGAUUUUUACAUCUAGCCACAAACCCAAAGUAUUCACACAAAAGCCUGUGCAUUGGUGGGUGGGGGGAGGGAAUUAUUUUUGGUUUGUUUGUUUGUUUGUUUGUUUGUUUGUUUGUUUUCCUCCCCUCUGCUGUGUUCCAGUGGAUCAUUCCGGAUCGGGCAAUGAGUUAAGGGCCUAUGAGGCCCACAGUUGGAGCGACCCAUUCCGCUGGGCUGGUAGGGGUGGGUUAUGGACGAAGCUCAGUGACCUUGGGAUGGCCCAGGAAGACCAGCUGUCAUUUCUUUUUCCUCUGGUCUUUCAUUUCUUUCUUUCUUUCU